CUCUCCUUCUCAAGCCUUCUUCCAUUUCCCAUCUCAACCGGUCGACCCUCAUGCGAGCAGUCACCGCCCGCUCAACAAAAUGGAAAAGCCAGCCACCAUGUACAUCGACAGUACAAACGAUUACCUCGUCAUCCGCAAUUCCUGGAAUCAAGACUCGUGCGAAGCAUCUGCAUAGCUAGCCUUUUACCAUCCGCCGUUCUCAUAUACUAUCCCCACGCCCACUCGUUGCGUCUGGAAAUGCCAAUUCAUAAAGCAUUCAACUCGUCGUCGAGCGUAACAUUGGCUUUGCCGGAACUAGCACCCGGCUACAUCCCUCCGCCGUUAGAAACAUCCUCGACAAUCAUCUCCUCGGCACCAACACUAGUCCCUGCACCUUCAUUCGGCAUGGUCGGCAUCGCGGCGGUGGAGGGGGAGGAGCUAUGAGAUAUGGGUCGAGCCGGGAAUUGGACUACCUUUUGACUACGCGGAUGGGUGAUAGCUAGGGCACUCCUUACGGUGGUGUCAAGAGACUAAUAGGGAGGCUUGAGCAGCCGUAUAUUCAUCUCACUAGGGUUAUUUCCUAGU